AAGACGUCCCGGAGGAGCCUAUGAAUGCAGAACAUCAAAAAUACCUUUCGAGGGUGGUCAAACGAGAGGAAAAAAAAACACUGAACAAGUAACCACCCUCCACAAUUUGCAGACAGAGUGCAAGAAAUCAGGUGCCAAGACUGCUGCUCUGUUCAAGCUAUACCAGGAGCGCAGCAGUUUUCUGAUCUGUGCCAAGAGUGAAAUCAGGAGAUAUAUGAAGCUUUCAAGGCCUUUUGGGUGGGUCCUACUUGCUACAGAACAUGUUUGCUAAGAAAGCUACACCCUAGGUUUAAGAAAGAUUAAUCGGCCACUCGAUGGGGAUCUUCAGAGGAGCUCCCACCUGCGUCUCCUUCCCCCCACUCCACCACCUGUCCUCCCUCUACAGGACCUCCUCUGCUGAAAUCAUGAAACUGGUAUUAACUGAAUGGCAAUUGAUAUGGAUUUUCAGUUACCGUAGUAGACAGUAAACAAAAAAAAAAACAAAAAAGGAGUGAACCCAUGAGAAAGCCAUACCUUUCCACACGUCCUCACCAAAAACCCGUCUGUGCUUUGACGCACAAACUCCACCGCCCCCUGAGAACACCAAGGAAUGUAUUUGCGCCCUGAGAUCUUUCCAGAAAGUUUUUUCUAAUUGCAAGUAAGGAGUGGAGCGGAGCGGAGAGGAACAGGACCGGGACGACCUCCAAGGUGCCACUGCGGACAAGGCGACAUAUCCUCCCCCACCGCCAACCCCCGGCCCCCUGCGUUUCAAAGCGCUCUCUCCCACUGCGUUUAUGCUGGCUGCCAUGGCGCCCCAGAACAACGACUCGGAUACUAUGCAAGUGCAGGGCGUGGCGGUAGUCCCGGCAAAGAAGGCAGGUGGUGGGCGCGAGCAGGAGAGCCAGGAUGAGUCGCUCAGUGAGGGCUCCAUCGACCGCAUCCCACUGCGCCAGUGGGUCAUGCACGGUGCCGUCAUGUUCGGCCGCGAGUUCUGCUACGCCAUGGAGACGGCCCUGGUCACUCCUGUACUGCUGCAAAUAGGUCUUCCAGAACAGUAUUACAGUCUGACGUGGUUCCUGAGCCCCAUCCUGGGCCUGAUCUUCACCCCUCUGAUUGGCUCCGCCAGCGACCGUUGCACCCUGCGAUGGGGCCGGCGGAGGCCGUUCAUCCUAGCGCUGUGCGUGGGCGUGCUGCUGGGCGUGGCGCUUUUCCUUAACGGAUCACUCAUAGGUCUUGCCAUCGGAGACGUGCCGAACAACCAACCAAUCGGCAUCGUGCUGACGGUGUUGGGUGUGGUGGUGCUGGACUUCUGUGCGGACGCCACCGAGGGGCCAAUCCGGGCAUACCUGCUGGACGUGGCCGACACUGAGGAGCAGGACAUGGCACUCAACAUCCACGCCUUCUCAUCCGGGCUCGGAGGGGCGGUGGGAUACAUGCUGGGGGGCCUGGACUGGACCCACACGUUCCUGGGCCAGGCCUUCAAGUCCCAGGAGCAGAUCCUGUUCUUCUUUGCCGCCAUCCUGUUCAGCGUGUCUGUGGGGCUGCACCUGUUCAGCAUCGAGGAGCAGCAGUACAGCCCGCAGCAGGACCGGCUGGACGAGGAGGCGGACACAGCGUCCUCCGUCCGGCUGAACGGCGGCCUGGCCGCACCGGGGACCACUGCGGCGCCACCGCCCCACCUGGACCUGAUCCGCGAGGACGAGCCCUACUUCCUGUACGAGGACGAGCGCUCAGAGCGGGAGCUGGAGCUGGAGCUGGACUUCCUGGACGUGGAGCUGGUGCGGAGCAAGAGCGACUCGGUGCUGGCGGUGGCGGACGCGGCGCUGGAGCUGGAGCUGGACCGCGACGCGCUCUUCCUGCGUGAGAUUGAGCCCUCCAUCUUCCAGGAUCAUCUGUCCAGCCGGCCCGGCUCGCCCCCGUGCCGGAGCAGCAGCGCCGGCAGCCGCGACCUGCCGCGCGGCUUCGGCCGGCUCUCUGCCUUCCUGCAGGAGAUGGACCGUGACGGUGAGGAGGCGCUACUGGCCGGUCAGCCCGGCGAGGCCAAGGCGCCGAACGGCGAGGCCGCCCUGCCCAGCGCCGGAAGCGCCAACGGCGCCAAUGGCCACGCCCGCAGCGGCAUGAAGCAGUCGAGCACCAGCGCGUCCAUGCGGCGCCGCCGCCACACCUUCUACCGCCAGCCCUCCUGCACCUUCUCUUACUACGGCCGCGUGGGCUCACACCGCUACCGCUACCGGCGCGCCAACGCCGUGCUGCUCAUCAAGUCGUCGCGGAGCAUGAACGACAUCUACGAGAUGCAGAAGCGGCAGCGCCAGCGGCAGCGCCAGCGCCACCGGCACCAGAGCGGCAACACCAACUCGAGCGGUGACACGGAGAGCGAGGAGGGCGAGUCGGAGACCACGGUGCGCCUGCUCUGGCUGUCCAUGCUGAAGAUGCCCCGCGAGCUGCUGCGCCUCUGCGCCUGCCACCUGCUCACCUGGUUCUCUAUCAUCGCCGAGGCCGUCUUCUACACCGACUUCAUGGGGCAGGUCAUCUACGAGGGCGACCCCACGGCUGCUACGAACUCCACUGCUCUCCAAAACUACCACAAAGGAGUCCAGAUGGGGUGCUGGGGGCUGGUUAUCUAUGCUGCUACUGCUGCCAUCUGUUCAGCUUUACUCCAGAAGUACCUGGACAACUUUGACCUCAGCAUCAAGAUCAUCUACAUCCUGGGCACGCUGGGUUUCUCCAUUGGCACAGCAGUGAUGGCCAUCUUUCCCAACGUCUACGUCUCCAUGGUUAUGAUCAGCAGCAUGGGCAUCAUCUCCAUGAGCAUCUCCUACUGCCCCUACGCCCUGCUUGGCCAGUACCACGAAAUCAAAGAGUACAUCCACCACAGCCCGGGGAACUCCAAGCGUGGCUUCGGCAUUGACUGCGCCAUCCUGUCCUGCCAGGUGUACAUCUCUCAGAUCCUGGUGGCGUCGGCGCUGGGAGCGGUGGUGGACGCGGUGGGCAGCGUGCGGGUCAUUCCCAUGGUGGCGUCGGCGGGCUCCUUCCUGGGCUUCCUCACCUCCACAUUCCUGGUCAUCUACCCCAGCCCUGGCUCCCACGCGGACGACGGCAAGGCCGAGCCGGGCAAGGCGGCGGUGCCGGCGGAGCCCGGGCGGGGGGAGGUGGCCGAGAAGCCCAGUGUGCUGCGGCUGACGCGCAAGGGCACUGCCACCACCACCUGCACGGUGGAGAGCGAGUCCACGCUGUGAGCGCAUGUUUCGAAGGGGGGAGGGGUCUGCAAGGGGGCAGGGUCCGCAAAGGGGUGGGGCCACCCAAUC